AUGAGAAACCAUACCGCCAUAACAGCAUUCAUCCUGCUGGGGCUGACAGAUGACCCAAUUCUACAGAUUGUGCUUUUGAUAUUUUUCUUUCUCACCUACAUUUUGAGUGUAACUGGGAACCUGACAAUUAUCACCCUCACACUUUCAGAUUCUCACCUUAAGACUCCCAUGUAUUUUUUCCUCCGAAAUUUCUCUUUCUUGGAAGUGUCAUUCACCACUGUCUGUGUGCCCAGAUUUCUGUACACCCUGACAACUGGAGACAAAACAAUUACCUAUAAUGCUUGUGCCACACAGAUGUUUUUUGUUGUCCUCUUUGGAGUCACCGAAUUUUUUCUCCUUGCUGCCAUGUCCUAUGAUCGCUAUGUGGCCAUCUGUAAGCCCCUGCAUUAUACAACCAUCAUGAACAGUAAGGUCUGCACUACCCUUCUUCUCUGCUCCUGGUUUGCUGGCCUGUUGAUCAGCCUCCUACCUUUUAGUAUGGGUCUCCAGCUGGAAUUCUGUGACUCAAAUCUCAUUGAUAGUUUUGGCUGUGAUACAUAUCCUGUUUUACAGAUAUCCUGCUCAGACACAAUGCUUAUAGAAAAAAAUGCCUUGGGUUUUGCCGUGGUAACACUAAUUAUUACCCUAAUUGGUGUGGUUCUUUCAUACACAUACAUUGUCAAGACCAUUCUAAAAUUCCUUUCUGCCCAACAAAGAAAAAAGGCCUUUUCUACAUGUUCUUCUCACAUGAUUGUGGUUUCCAUGACCUAUGGCAGCUUCAUCUUCAUCUACAUCAAGCCUUCAGCAAAGGAAGGAGUGGCCCUUAAUAAGAUGGUGUCAAUGCUAGCCACUUCUGUUGCCCCUUUGCUUAACCCAUUCAUUUAUACACUUUGAAACAAACAAGUCAAAGAAGCUUUCAAAGGCACUGUUAAAAAAAAUUGCAUUUCUCACAAAGAAGUAAGAGACAAUUAAUGCUUUGUGGCCGAGCUUAAAUCUGAAUAACCCAUAAUCAUCUUUCAUGACAUUACCACACACAUUGUUUCUUCCUAUUCUGUACAGUCAUCAAGCUAGACUUUCCCCUCAAAUAUUUUUCUAUUACGAUCAGAAAAAAGAAAAAAAUCAAGCUAUUUAGUUUACCUUCUUUUAAUCUUACUUUAUUAAGAAUAAUAAAUUUA